AUGACUAAUCGCCGCAUAACUCGUUUCUUUAGACCAAACUCCGACCAACCGUCAUCGAGCAAUACUCCUUCCAUUGCUGCCACUGAUGAACCAUCAUCUGAAUGUGCUGAUCUUCCUAGUAGAUUGUUCACAACCGGCCAUUACCCAGACGCAAGGCUUAAUACAGCUUCUGUCCAAACAAAAAUAUGUGCUGUGGACUGUGUUUGGUGGAUACCCCAUGAGGUUUUCUUUGGUCAAGUUUGGUGGAGUUACUGGUUGCCAUGUGGCGAAUACCCUGAAGAUUACGACCCCGAGUAUGACCUUGCUCCUGCCUAUGACGACGUCUAUAGAAAGCUCCGUCUAGCGUUUCUUCUCAUUGUUGAUGGUGUACUAUUAGCCUCAAGCCAAACACAUAGACCAACAUUCAAUUUCCCUCUAGCGCUUCAACUGCUUGCAUUUAGGAACAUCUCUGGGUUACUUGACAAGUAUCCAGGGUCUGCUGAUACUCGCACCUUCUUGGAAUGGUAUUCACUUGGCCUACCAAAGAAUAAUAUCCCUUUUACCGACGUCCACUGUGUUGAACGGUUAUCCGAUCUAUCUGUUACUCCUUAUUUCCAAGUUGGUCCACAGAAAGAAGGCUGGGGGGAGUGGGAUGAUGAAGUUAAGGAUAAAAGGAUUUCUUAUUUGGUUUCGCAGAUUGAGAAUGGUCGUAUCUUCAAAAAAAAAUUGUGGCCUGGUGGUGAUGCUUCUUUGCCACUCAUAUCUGUUCCAGAGAAGAAGGACAAUGUUAUUCACAAGAAGCACAUUGUCCCUAGGCGACGGGAAGUGUCUGCCAAACUUGGCGUCAAACAAGCUCUAUCCAAACCAAUUCGCUCGUGUUCUACUUGUCUUCGUCAAAGAUUCACCAACUCUGAUGAUAGCUCUUUCUCUGAUUUCAAGGUUGUUGUCGAGGCAGAGUUUAGAGCAAUUACGAAAGAGACAGAAUCCAAGUUUAAGCAGUUAGAAGCUGAGACCAAUAAGCUUCAAGAAACGAUUAAAGCACUCCGUAUGGAAAGGUUUAACAAACAUCCCUCUCGCAAAUCCCUCUAGUUACGUAAGAAACCAUCAUUGAUGUCUGCUCCUAUCGAGAAGCUUACAAUGGACACCCAAACCAUUGAAGAUGAUCAGUGUACAUCCGUCCGGACACCACCAUCAACUCCUUACAUAUCUCCAACCAAAGCAGUUGCCUCUCCUGAUGAUAUACUUUUGAAUGGUCACAACUGGAAUCAAUAUGUCCACCCGUUUGGCAAGACUGAUGAGUCAUUUAUAGUGGAGUCGGACACAUGUCUUAAACCAAUUUAUGAUACCGAGUCCAAGGUUUGACACACUUUU